CUCCAAUUUAUUCGCCACUCUCCAACAUUCUCGUCUCCAAAACACCACCCAAGAUGGCUCGCGCUGUGCUGCUGGCGACCACUGUUGUUGCUGUUGUUCUCGGGGUGUUGACGGCCCAGUGUGCCGCUGACACCUGCCAGGUCCCCGAUCCAAGCAAGAAGGACUGUGGGUACAUGGGCAUCAACCAGCAACAAUGCGAGGCCAAGGGCUGCUGCUGGCAGCCAGAUGGACAAGGUUCAUCCACCCCAUGGUGCUUCUACAAGGGCUCGGGCCCACCACCGCCACCACCUCCGCCACCACCUCCACCACCACCACCAGGCCAGGCCCCGUUCUCCAAGUCCGAGGUUGAGAAGAUGCGCGGCUACUUCCUGAAGAACAUCGACAUCCAAGGCUCCGGCGGUGUCGUCGCCAGCCCAGACCCCAACACGCCAGGCGGCAGCUACUACUAUCACUGGGCCCGCGAUGGUGCGCUCACCAUGCAUGCCUUCCAGAUCACAUCCUCUUCUGCCAGCGACUACGACACGCAGAUGCAGCAUUACACGAAAUGGGUUGUUGCUCGCCACGCUGAGUCUGACCCCAACAACAUCGACGUGCGCAUCGAGCCCAAGUUUGAGCUGCCAUCUGGCACACCAUACACCGGCGGCUGGUGCCGUCCGCAGACGGAUGCCCCUGGGCUCCGCGCCAUCACCCUCAUCGCAUAUGCCAACGACCUGAUCCAGCGUGGCCAGAAGGACUUUGUGAUGCAGUACCUGUGGACCGGCGACUCAUCCUCGUACUACGGCGGCGCCAUCAAGCACGACCUUGACUGGAUCGCCAACAAUUGGGAGCAGAACUCCUGCGACCUGUGGGAGGAAGUCCAGUCCAACGACUUCUUCUGGAACCGCUACACCAUGCGCAAGGCCCUCACAAACGGCGUUGCCUUUGCCCAGGCCAUGGGCGACUCGCAGUCCAGCCAGGCGUACGGCCGCGUGCUCGCCAGCCUGAGCCCCACCCUCCAGCGCCACUACAACGGGCAGUUUGUGUUUGAGGCGGACAACAGGCAGCAGGAUGCUGCGGUCAUCUGCGCAUUCAACGAUGGCAACCUGAACGAUGGCGUGUUCGCCCCCAACAGUGCCGAGGUUGCAGGCACCAUCUCCACCCUCAACUCGCUCUUCUCCUCGUCGUUCCCCAUCAACCAGAAGGACGACGCUGCCGGCGUUCCCGGCAUCCUCUACGGCCGUUACAGCGGCGAUCAGUACGCAGGCGGCAACCCAUGGGUCCUGACGAGCGGGUGUCUGGCUGAGGUCCUCUAUCGCGCUGCCAACAGCACCGCCGCCACGCGCCGCAUGCCGACUGCAGAAGCCACGGAGCACUUCAAGGCCAUUGCCGCACAGCUCAACCCAGCUGCUGUCGCUGCAGAGAACCUGGACAUGGACACGCCAGCCGGGCUCGCCCGCGCCCUCGUGCUGAGCGGUGACGGUGUGCUGAACCGCAUCCGUGCACACACCAUCAACAACGACCUGCACCAGCCCGAGCAGCUCGACAAGAACACGGGCGCCGAGGCCAGCGCCACAGACCUCACGUGGUCGUAUGCAACCAUCCUCAAGGCCAUGGCUGUCCGUGACACCAUCACCUCCGCUGCGUCCACGCUUACGUCUGGCUUUGUCAACGCACGCCUCGUUGUUGGCACGGCUGACCUUGCUGCUGCACGCGACGCGGCACCUGCCGCCACCCAACGCGGCCUGCCUUCGUGGGUUGCCCCUGUCGGUGCCGUUGGUGCUGCGUGCGCCAUUGUUGCCGCCGUGGGUGUCGUCAUCACGUACAGGCGCAACCGCCAGCGUGCUGCCUACGCCCCCAUUGCCUGAGCACACAAAGUUGCACGGGGGCUGACGCUUUGUUUCUUUCUCCAUGAUGUUGUUUCCAUGCUGCUUCACACUUGCUUUGCUUGCAUGGAUGUGCUGCUUUCUUGCGUGCUUUCUUUUGUAUGUGUCAAUUGGUUGCUUGUGUGCUUGCUUAUGUAUGUCAUGUCACACCACGCCACGCGUCGGUGACUGUGCGCGUUCGUGGUUGGAUGCUGGGUGUACUGUCAUGUGUGCGAUAUGAGAUUUUCAGGCUUGGCUUUGUCUGUGGACGUCAUGCGUGUGUGUGUGUGUGUGUGUGUGUGUGUGUGUGUGUGCGUGGUGUCUCUGUUGACCCUUCAUUCGUGCUGAUCCCUUCUCGUGUGAUGGUGAUGCUUCGUUUAUGUUGGGUUAUCCAACACCCUUGAGUACAAUCACUGCCCCGGAACA